AUGGAGUCCAAAGAGCUCAAGACAGAGACCAUCUCUCCCGUGUCUGACCACUCAGACAGUGGGAGCGAUGACCAUGGCAAGAAGCCUGUGCCUUUGAGCAUGAAGAUCUUGUCUGUCGUCAUCGUUAGCAUGAUUGGCUUUGGAGGACAUUGGAGUAGUGGCGUCACUGGUGCUCUGAAGAAUAGACAGGAACUUCACAUUACGAAUACCCAGUAUGCUGUUCUUGAUACAAGUGAGAACUUUAUCAAGACCGCUCUCAUCCUCCUCAGUGGAAUACUUACAGAUCGAUAUGGCGGAGCUAGCACCAUGCUCUGGGGCAACGCCGUCUUCUCCAUCGGCGCCAUCCUCGUCGCAGCCGCAACACAAGUGCGCUCCUACAAAUUCAUGAUCGGCGGCAUCGUCAUCCAAGCCCUCGGCGACGUAGCGACCCAAGUCGCCCAAUACAAGAUCUUCUCCUCCUGGUUCCCGCCCUCCUCCGGCUUCGCAUCCACACUCGCCUUCGAGCUAGGCAUCGGCAAGAUCGGCUCCUUCGUCGGAAAAGCCACCGCUAAUGUCAUCGCUGAUAAUCUCGGCAACUUCAGUUGGGCGUACUGGAUGGCUGUGUUUAUGAACUUGUUCACAAACGUCGCGACGCUGUUCUUUUGGUGGUUUACAAGGUGGUGUGAGAAGAGAUAUGCGGGCACGAGGGAUCCGGCGACGGGGGAGAAGUUGACGGAGAAUAACAAGAAGUUUGAGAUUGGAAAGAUGGUCACUCUGCCUUGGUCGUUCUGGCUAGUCUGCUUGUUCUCGCUCUUUCAAACGUCAACGGCAAAUGUAUUUUCUACGAAUAGCACUGAGCUGGCGGAGCAGCGCUUCAAGAUCUCAGCUGUCAGGGCAGGCUGGUACUCUUCCAUGUCUCAGUAUCUCGGUUUCUUCUUCGUCCCGCUAGUCGGCAUCUUUGUCGACAUGCUCGGACAGCGUCUUACAAUCAUGCUCGUCUGUGGACUAGGCAUGCUUCUGUCCAUGUGUCUCGUGGCCUGGGGCCCUACAGUUUCCGGCACAGCAGCCAGCUUCGGCAUCUUCGCAGUCGCCAGCUCCUUCGGCCCAACGGUCAUCAUCGACAGCAUCCGCACAAGCAUGUGGUACCAGGAAGUCUUUGGCUCAGGCUACGCCAUCAAGAUCGCCAUCAACAACAGCAUGACCAUCAUCGUGAGUCUCAUCGCAGGUGUUCUGCAAGAUCGCGACGAGAACAAAUACGACAACGUCACUAUUCUCUAUGUAACACUGGCAGCUGGCUCCGUCGUCGUCGCAGGUAUCAUGAUUGCUUUGGGUUUCGCGACAGACUUUAUCGGACAGCUUCAGUGGAGCCGUAAGAAGAGAGUUGCGAAUGGGCACAUUAUCAACGAGAAGAAGCGGGAGUUCGAGAGCGAGGGACAUGCAGAGAAGCACAAGAAGUUGGGUGUUAUCAACUUUUGUGCCGUCAUUGUGCUUAUUCUUGGCGCGUGGGUGGCUUACUUCUGGGGCUUGGCUACCAAGAAUACUUAUUAG